AUGGUAAGUGUUUUAUCCCCCCCGGGCUGGUUGAGACGAUGCGCAGCUCGACGGUCACGAGCCACGAUUUGGAGUCCCUCUUACCAUCACCUGCCCCCGUCGAAUCCCCUCGCACGCGCGGGGCACUCGCAUCAGUCGCUCGUAGGCCAAAAGAUUCCGGACACUGAGUUCUCCCACGUUCCUUGGAGCGAUGAGCUCUCCAACGCUGCAGCGUGCGGUAUUCCGGAAAAGUACCGCACUACUCAAAAGUUUGCGUGAGUAGCACAUCAUCACGGGUUUGGAGACAGGGUGGUACAGCGCAAGCAAAGAACGGCUUCAAGGAUAAAAGGUGCGAGGAUAGCGCUUGUAGCUGUUAGGAUCUUAUGCGAUGAAGGUCAUUAAGGUCGAGCUUGAUGCGCACACCUUGAGAACACCGUCAGGCCGAUCAUCGAAUCCAAGGCGGUCAACGUCGAGAGCCGUCGCACGCACUCACGACCUCCAGAAUAGGGAGCACGCAGAUAUCUUGUCCAUUUGGUGCACGCCGCUCACACAGUACUUUGAUUGCUGACGCUCCCUACUUCACGCUUGCACGUGCAGAGGAAAGAAGGUGGUCAUCGUUUCGGUGCCAGGAGCAUUCACGCCUACUUGCCAUGGCAACCACAUCCCAGGCUUUGUCAAGAAGGCCUCGGAGUUCAAGCAAAAGGGUUACGAAGUGAUCGUAUUGGCAAGCAAUGACCCGUGAGUCUGAAAUUUUCAUGUUCAUCCUGUUGGCCCCCCGCCCAACACUCGCGCCUUUCCGUUGCGUGUGGUAUGCUCACGCCACUCUGCAUGGGUCCUGGACAAUUUGCUUCCAAAAUAGCUUUACAAUGUCCGGCUGGCGCACUGCUCUGGGAGCCAAAGGAGAGCUGGAAUUCGCCUCGGACCUCAAUUUGGAAUUCAGCAAAGCACUCAAUGCCACAGUCGACAUGACCAAAGCUGGCUUCGGUGUUCGCGGAGCUCGCUAUGCACUGAUCGCCGAUGACAACGUGAUCAAGGCUUUUGAUAGCGAGGAGAGGUGAGUAGGAGGCAUGGGAAGGCGAUACGCAGCCUGAACAGCAUGAAUGCGACUGCGGAUGCAAAGCGCUGAUCAGGCAAUUGCACUCCGUUAUGUGCACGCCCAGUCCUGGAAAUGUUGGUGUCAGCUCAGCUGAGGCUGUCUUCGGCAAGCUUUAA